GAACGACCAUCAUGAGGGGUGUUUUCCUGAUUGCAAGCUGUCUGCUGGCUACGCUGGUGGUUGUCAGCCAUGCAGCGACUCUCAGACAGCGCCAUAUGGCGCUGGUAGCAAACGCGGGCUGCAGCGGUGCGGGAGAGCCGUUCCCCAACCCUGAUGACUGCGGCAGCUUCCUGCAGUGCGAAGCAUCGGGCGUCGCAGCGGUCAAGCAGUGCCCCGCCGACCUUCACUUCAACGCGGAGCUCAAAGUGUGCGACUACCCGUGGUCCGCCAACUGCAAGGAGGCGGACAGCUCGUCUUCGGACAGUUCUUCUCAAGAAGGCGACGAUUCCUCAUCAGAAGAGGCAGACAAGGCCGUUGCUAAAGUCAGUAAGAAACUAGCGUCAGGUGCACCAGCAAAGAAACCAAAGGCAAUUGCUCUUCAUGCCUAAGAUUGGAUUACAUUUCUCCAUGCGCCACGUCUGACAAAGGUCUGAAUGACUCACGUACGUUCAACUAGUUCACUUUUAUUGCUUGGUAGUAAAAGUUCACGAAAACAGUUCUGU